GCUGCGUCCGAGGUUGGCUUACAACUAUCUCUUAUGAUAACUCAUGUCAGCUGAUGCUUAAUCUUUAAUUUGAUUUCUACCUCCUGUGCCUUAUUUCCAAAUGAGCGGUUAGAUUGACAUGGAUCGAUUCAGGAACGGGCCAAUGAACGCAGUUCGAUAGAAGGCAGGUGUCGGGCCGCUGGGUUUGGCAAAACAAAACAUCGCCCAGCUUUCAUCUGUGGGCCCCAGCGCAUCCGGGUAUUGUUUCAUCAUUACAGAGGUUGGGUAAGCUUAUUCUCUCGGACGUAGAACGGGGAAUUUACCAGUGAUAAGAGAACGGAUGCAGGUUUGCGGAAACGCGUGCCCGCUUGGUGUUGUGAGUGAUUUUGCGGACUGUGCCGAGUUUGAUGACUGAGUUAGCAUUGGGAGUAAGCAGCUGCAACCGCGAGUGACAACGGAGGCGUGAUUUCCCGAUAUUCAACAUGGCGGAGACCAUAACUCAAGUUUCGGGGAAUGGACCUGCCGGAAAGAUUGAUGAAAAACUUAUGAAAUUGUUUACUAGAGACCCUGCAAAAGAUUUUCUUCUACAGAAAGAAAAUUCAGGAACACAGACAAUGCUUCACAUAAACGGAACGAAGGAAAUUAACGAGGAGAACAAAGAAAACAGAACGAAUGGAGAGCACAUGGUGCAAAACCAGAUGACUCCGACAUACACAUAUCCACAGACGGGGGUGCCCGGGGUGCCCGGGGUGACAGGCAUCACAGGCGUGCCAACAGUACCAGGAGUCCCAGGCGUCACCAGCCUCGAAGACUACCAUCAUCAAGUUGUCGCCAGUCAAGCCACAAGUGUGGCGUCCGAGCAGCCUCCAACCACCGUGUACGCAUCGCCUGCUGCCGUCACGCCCAAUGGAGCAAUAGAGCAGCAGACGGUAAGGGCAGCUCGGCCCUUUAAUCAAACAGACUUGCCCGUGGAAGGGGAUAUCCAGCCAUCCUCCCCACAGCCACAGGGCUCGCAAGGACCCAACUCAGGACCUAAAAGAUUGCAUGUAUCAAAUAUUCCAUUCAGGUUCAGAGAAGCUGACUUGCGCCAACUCUUAGGGGUCCAACAACAGUUCGGCCCAAUCUUAGAUGUGGAAAUCAUUUUUAACGAAAGGGGAUCAAAGGGAUUCGGUUUCGUAACUUUCGCAAAUAGCGCGGAUGCAGACCGAGCACGAGAGAAAUUGAACGGCACAGUGGUUGAGGGACGAAAGAUAGAGGUUAACAAUGCCACUGCCCGUGUCAUGACCAAAAAAGCUGCUGCACCAACCAUCCCCAAUGCUGCUGCGCUCCGAGGUGUCGCAUUGACGCGGGGUCGGGCUGCGGCUGCGGGACUAGCUGCACGUGGUGCAUACACUGCAGCAGCUGCAGCGGCAGCGGCGGCAUUCAGGCAUCCCACUCCACUGGCAGCUACAGCAACUGCAUUACCGUAUGCAGCUGGGGUGUACCAGGACCCAUUCCUGGCCACGUAUGAUGCUGCAACGGCCAGAUAUCAGUUGGUGACCACUCAGCCAUACGCGGCGGCUGCAGGGUAUCCGGGAGCUGCCACAAGAUAUGCAAUUCCAGCUGUAGCCACAGCCGCCACAUACCCUGCAGGUUACGGGAGAGAGUAUGCCGCAGACCCCUACCUCGGACAUGGUAUUGGUCCCGUCACUGGAUAUGGCCAGGUAACUGAGAUGGGAUUGCCCCUUAGUCUAACAUCCGAUAUCUUCGCACAGCGCGAGCAGGCUACAGUCUACCGAGGAGGAUACCAAAGGUUUGCACCAUACUAACUCGUGACAUCUGCAAGAAGCAUGAAAAUGGCAGGGACUGAGGUUAGUCAUGGUACAUGUAAUGUGACCAGAAGAGGCUGAAGAGGGGAUGAAGCUGUGACUUCCAAAUGCUGAAACUUGACAUCUUGUGCAAUGGCUGUUACAAUUCAGCUGGCAACCUUGCUUUGCUGUUUUCGAUGUUCCUCAUUGGCGACAACCUCGGAGCCUUGUUGUUAUCUCCACACCAUGGAAGGAGAAAUGACCGAAGGUGGAACCAGAACUAUGUCAAGAAUACUCAUACUGCAAGCUUUAUUUUUGAACAAACACAUCUAGUCAUUUGUACAUGUUAUGUAUCUACUUUUACCUCUUAAGUUGUUAUUUUAUUUGUACUAUGUUAGAGCUACUUGCGUUACUCAGCUGUCCCGAAGUCAGCUUCGGCUAUUCUGAACGUGCUAUGGCAGACGAAUACCAGUCAUUUGGUUUGCUGUUGUCUUGCUUGACGGAAGUAUGCAUACUCAGCACAAGUGUUGCAUCAGAGAGGGACAAUUUCAACACAGACACUUUAAUUUUUUAGCCUGUCCUAUACAGACCUGUAUAAUUUGGGUGCGAAGUCGCCACCCAUGCUUUAUCAACUUCUGUAGAUGUUGCUUUCUGUAGCAUUGUAGUUUUGGCUCUUUCAACAUGUUGUACAAAAAAUCCAAAAUUGAAAUCCGUUGUGAAAGUUUUGUAAAACUGUUGAAAAGUCCCUCCUUGUUUCCGACAAUCCUGCAUUGUUCUUCAUUAUCUUGUUCCCAGCUGUUCACUUCAUAUUAUUACUGAAUCCUAGUCUUCGCACAUUGUACAUACUCAUCUUUGCCAAAAUUUUGAUACACGUCUUACACUCAUAGCCUGGUGCAUAGACACAGCUGACAUCUUCUUGUUCUUCUGUUGCCUCAAGCAUUUUAAUGAGCAUUACUCUGUUUUUAAGUGUAAAUAAUCAUUCUUUAACAACUCAUUGAGGGCUGUAGAUUGGGACACGGGGACUUCAAGUGCUGAUCUGUUGAUGAAUCUCAAGUAUUAUAGGACCAGGUAAUAUGGAGUGAACAAGUAUAUAGUCAUCUCAUACCUUCACUUCGAGGAUAGUCGUCAGUUGGGCCAGUACUGGCAUUGACAAACUUUGUGUCCGUAUGGACUGCUUCAUAUAUAUAUCUGCGCAUAUAUUUGAACCCACUUAGCAGGUGCCCCCUAGCACCUCCACACAGACAGCUGUGUUUUUGCAGUGCCACAGUGUUCCAACCAGGUAACACAAUCGUGCAAUGUUGAAACCAAGUCACUGUAUAAAGAUAUGUUCCAGUAGUCAGUUACCAUUAUCACGAAGCUGGGGCUGGCUUCAUGGUAAGUGAUAGUUUGUCGUCAAACUUCUUCGAUGCCAAAAUAGAUCAUCCUGCGUUACCACAGGAUAUCGACCUACAAGUAAUUGGAGCUUCUUACUGCCCAGAAUGAUGAUAACAGUGUGCCCAUCCUUUCCACCAUGCUCUUGACCCUGUUCUGCUUAUAGGAUAUAGAUUGUAGUGUUGUUUAGUGAAGCCAAUUUCAAAUCAUGAUUUCAAGAAAUUUCAUGAGCUGCCAUGGUUGGGCACAUGGUUAUUUUUGUGAUAUAUUAUUAACAAUAUAUGCACAAAACUGUUUAUACGAAAUGUAGUUCAUCAUUUAGAGAUUGUAAGUCAAAAUUCUAUAUUGUAGCAUUUACACUCCAUAUCUAGUCGAUACUUUCUACCCCAUGUAUUUGCUGUUUUGUGCAUCGUUAUUGUUGCAAGGGCCAUUACACAUUUCAUUGGAUCAUAUGUGAAAGUCAGAAAGCAAGUUGUCUACGUCUUCAAAACUUAUUUAUAUCUUUAUCUAAUCUUUUGUCUCGUGCCGUGUCUGUCUUUGUGUGACUUUCACAUUUGAGCUGGAAAUGUUCAACGGCAAAGUUGCGAUGUGAUCCAGACAUUGCAGGGUUUGCCGACAAUGAAACCAUCAGUAGUUCAUUCUGUAAGUAAACAUCCAGGCUUUGUUACGCUUACAACCCUUUGCCAGUACCAGAAUUGCCCAAAAGUGGUGUGUAUUUAUGUAGUAACAUUGUGUAAAAGAUUACAUGUUACUUCAUAGUUUGCCUUUUGGUUAUAGAUGUUCGAAAAUUGAAAAAGGUUCAAUUUGUUAAUCAGGUCUAGAAUCCCUGAGAUGGCAGUGUGCAAAGGUUGUGUAAAGGUAACAGAGACCCAUUAGUUAUUGUACCAUAGGAAUGUAUGAGAGAUGUAUGGAUGAGUGAGUGGAGAAGAAUUUGUCACGAAAAGAUUGGUGCUAAGAUUGAAAAUACUUGUUGAGGUUCCAAUAUUUCUUCCUCGUUGCAAUUCAAGUAACAGGGUGCUGGAGAAUCUUUGUUAAGGUCAUUGAAAAGUUUGGGUCUAAUUUCAAUUACAAACAUUAUUCAGACGCAUUUCCUUGCCAAAACAUUCUUGCCUUGAUUACUUUUUGAGGAAUAUCAAGUGCUGUAUGUUACAUAUUGACUAUUUAUGAUGGAGAUCGGGGUUCCAUCAUUCUUGGGUUGUCUGCCCUUGGAUAAUUUCCCAGAAUCUCAAGUUGAUAUUGAAAUAUAAUAAAAAUUCUUUGAAAGAAGGCAUUUUGUUUUGAAAUUAUUGAUUUAUUAAUGGGUUUUCAUUUGACUUUUCCUGGAAAAGUGGGAUUGGAUUUACAUCAUUAACAGAUUAGUCAAGGAUGGACAACUCAAAAUAUUUUAGUCAGCACUGUUGGUUGAAUGAAAGGUGGAUGUUAACACUGAAAUACUCUUUCCACGAGUUGUCAAAUAACGACAAGCAUUAUAUUACAGUCUUCCAAGAAAUAUGAAUGUUCUCUCUGAAACUGUCAGCUUUUAGUUGUCAAACUUUGCUCUUCACUAAAUUCAAAAUCCAAAAAAUCGAUAAGUGUUGCGUGUAUGACGAGAUGCCACAUGAUGAAGGGUAGGUAACUCUGUCUGAAUGCCCUCAAUCAGGACUUGCUGAUCAGAUCCUGAUAGUGGAAAAAGUGUGUCCGGUUUUAAUAUCUGCCUUAUUGUAUGCCACAUUCGAAGUUGAAUUUAUUGUUUCACAUUGAAAUCUCAGUUUUUUAAAACAGUUUGAAUUUCUAUUGCCAAUUCUGUUUAACUAUUUAUUUAUAUGGUUUUUGCGCAUUAUACGCAAUUAAAACAUUGAAUUAUUAAAAAUCAAAAGUUGAAUCUGUUUACUUGAUCAAUCAAGAAAUUGUGUAAUGAUGUGAUCUGUGUUUGUAACAUGUAAUGUUUUUUGUCCUGUUGGUGUAAAUCCGUGGUUUAUCUUGUGAAGGACCGAUGGUGACUAGAUUUGGAAUUCUUACUAAUUUUUUGAUUGAUCACUAUUAAUGCAUCAUCUCAAGUUAAAAUACUCCUUGGUUUUCUUUCAGCCCCAAAUAGUUUUAGUUAUGAACACUUUGUUAUGUAUUAUAUGUGCAUUUGAGAAGUUAUGAGCUAAAUCAAAACAAGAGCAAAUACUGAAAAUCUGGGCAGGUUGGCGAUAAUUCUUUUCACAUGUUGGCGCAACGGCAAAAUGUAAUCAAUCCUAAAGUUUAAAAUUCAAUAUGGCUUUUAGUAAAUAAUUGGUGUAGUUUUGGGCUAAAAAAUGUUACUGCUAACCUGUGAAAAUAAUAUUUCCAGCUUCCCUGUAACCCCCUCCUCAAACAGGGUGAACGGUACAUCAGGAAAGCCCUGACAGUGUAUGUGCAUGAAAAUUGGUAUGUUCCUCAAGUCUUGUCAAGUCUGCUACCCAAAAUCCACGGCGGCAGCCAUUACUCCGCCAAUAUAGUUCUUCCAUGGUGGCAUGGCAUGGGGCGCAUGCAAGGCAUUUUGUCCUACCCAACCCGACAUGAUUGGGUAGGUGUGAAUGGAAUGGUUGAUGGUGUUAUUACAUACUGUGCGAAGUCAUAUUCACAUUGUCCUAGUGUGAGAUUAUUAUUUUCCAUAAUGCCUCACUUCGAAGGAGAUUCGUUCUCUCAGAUAGAUGAUCGAUAGCAGUAUGCCACAAAAUAUGGAAUCAAGAGGACGGAAAAUGAUUUUUGAAAUGUGGCCAAUUGACUUCAUUUGCUUGUUGGAAUGAAGGGCAAUAUUGUCUGUGCACGUAAACUGCUCAAUUUAUGAAAGAAUUGGUUUUGAAAACAGCAUUGCUUGAGAGACAUAACGUGUCUGAUUAUCUUGUGGUGUAUUGCUAUGUGACCUUGACAUUGGUGUGUGGCAUAUGGUUUACCUUGCAUGAUAAGUGCUACUGUACGAGGCUGCAAUCAAAUCACGUGGCAUGGUGUUGGUUUUUUAACACCAUGGACCUUGUUAUGUCUUAAUAUAACAUUACUUGUAUGAAUAAAAUAGUAUAGUGGCUCUUUGCAUUAUUUAUAGUAUUACACAAUAUUGUCUUGUAGACUUGCAGUACAUUUGUAGUAGCUAUAGAAUUUGUUAUUGUGCGAACAAUGAAAACUUUUUUACAGUUCAAUAUUACCUAAGGAUAAUAAUCAACCUUGCUGUAGUGAGUUGUGGAAAAAGUAUAUAUAUAUUGCCACAAUGUUGCCACAGUUUGUUCUGUCGAUGUGCUUUUAAUCAAGUGUAGAAUACGAUGCCCAUAUUGCCUGUUUUGUGUAUGUAGUGUAAUUUGUCUGAUGACUCCUUUGGCUUUCUUUGGUAUACUCUCUGCACUUUGACCUUCCAUAUAGCACUUUUUUCAUGCAAUAAACAGUUCCUUCUGACCAUCUAGCACUAGCA